GUUGCUUCCAAACUGGGAAGUCAGCAACAAAGUGAACUCCACCGGAUUACUUCCAACUUCCAUACAUGGAUUUCAGUGGCAGACACAGUUAUAGUUUCUCAUCCAUCGAUAGAGAAAACAAGCAGGCUGGUGUCUCUCUCCCUUCUCUCUCUCUUCUUCUGACUUCUUCAACAACGUCAUUACGUCCUUUAUCUUCUAUUGACCUGGCUGAUUUAAUGUCAAUACCUGAAUGUGCUGCUCAGUCCUUUGUGAUGAACAGGCUGUCAAAUACCAUCACACUGUACCGAAACAAUGGCAAGUACCUCACUGGUGGUCCCAGGCCUCUGCUCCUCAUGCUUCCCUGGUUAGGAGCCAAGCCUCAUGCUAUAGAACGGUACCGGCAGACUUACUACCCAUAUGGCUUUGAUAUCCUGGACGUGGAAACCAGCAUCCUACAUUUCCUCUGGCCACGUUGUGGCUUGUCAUACGCAUUGCAGGUGGUAGACCUGCUCCAAAGGGAGCCCUUCGCCUCCUGCCCCAUCAUCAUUCAUGCAUUCUCCAUUGGAGGCUUCCUGUUUGCCAAAAUGAUUACGGCUUCAAGAAAUAUUCCUUGGCACUCGAGCUUCAAGGCCAGGGUUAUAGGCCAAAUCUUCGACAGCCUGGUAAUAGGAAAUGCAGACAGAAUGGCAAAAGGUGUUUCACAGAUGUUGGCUCCCCCAUUCCUCCAGCCGAUUCUCAAAAGGAUCACACUUUUCUGGCUCUUAAGAGGUUAUAUCACCAGCUACCACAAAACUGCAAUCAAGUCAUUUUGGGAUCAUAUGUGCCCUGCACCCAUUUUGGUAUUCUCCAGCAAGAAUGACCCACUGAGUGACUCCAUGGAAUUGGAAGCUUUGCUGCAGAGUUGGCGGAAGAAAGGUAUUCCUGUAACUGAGAAAAGCUGGGAUAUAUCCCGUCAUGCUGGGCACUUACGGCAGCAUCCUCAGGAAUAUCAAAACACCCUGAAAAACUUCCUUAAUUCACUUGGCCCCUUCUGUUUACCUUCCAGAUUGUGAGGGAGAGUGAAAGAGCCAGGGAGCCCAGGGUCUUGCUGAUCUGCACAACACUAUAUUAGUCACAUGUAUAUCGAAACAUACAGUGAAAUGCAUCUUUUUCUGCGUAGAGUGUUCUGGGGCAGCCCGUAAGUGUCACCACGCUUCUGGCGCCUAGUUUAUCCUGGUAUCCCAUCAGACUUUCAAACAGCAACUAUACUCAGAUGCAAUCUCCAAAAUGAUUCACCUUUAUGACCAAAGCAAGUUUGAUUCCACUCAGUAGAUUCUUCUGUGAUUACCAACUUCCAAGGUGUUGCAGGAUAAAUUUCAUUAUUCCCUUAUGUAUGCAUGGUUUCUGUCACAUGUUUAAGCACGUCUGAACAACUCUAUUUCAAAGCAUUUAAUCAUGAUUAAUGCAGAAGAGACUAUGGGCUCCACAUCAAGGAUUACUUGAAUCACAUGAUGCCUGGGAGAAAACAUUAAAAAUAUCAGACAAGGAUGAAAAUAAGAUGAUAUAGAUUGAUUUUUCACAUAUUUGACUUAGUUAAAGAGUUCUGAACUUAUUCUGAAGCUUCCGUUGAAGAGUAAUCAGCUCAUUUCUGGCUGCCCUGUUGGAUGUAUUAGUAAAUCUCCAAUGGCCUUGAUCCUAUUCUGUCAGGGAAAUAGCACGUCUUUCAGCUGUGUUUGCCCUAACAGGCGAAUGAAGUUACAGUGCCAUUUCAGGGUAAACACCAGUCUUAGGUGUUAUUGCAUUUUACUUGAAGCACAUUACAGUGCCAUGUAUGGAAGAAUGCCUUCUUUGAUGCUAAUGCAGAGUGAAUAAACAUUGAACAGUACAGCACAGGAACAGGCCCAUCAGUCCACAAUGUAUAUGCCAAACACAAUGCUGAAUUAAACUAAAUCUCUUUUACCGAUACAUGAUCCAUAUCCAUUCAUUCCCUGCCUAUUCAGGUGUCUAACAGCCUCUUAAAUGCCACUAUCAUUUCUGCUUCCACCACUCCCCCAGGCAGUCCGUUCCAGGCACCUACCACUUUGUAAAGAAACUUGCCCCGCACAUCUCCUUUACACUGCACCCCACCCACCCCCCCCCCAUUUUUUUAAUGGAUAUCCUCUAGUACUUGACAUUUCUACCCUGGGAAUAUUUGGAAUUUUCUGUCCAACAGGAUUGUGGAGGUUUGUUUGCUGAGUGCGUUCAGGACAGAGAACAAUGAUUAAUCUGUUGCUUUCAAUGUACCAUGUGUGAUAAGCAAAGAUUUGCACUUAAGUAGGAUGUUUCACAACCUCAGGAUGUCCCAGGGCACCUUAUAAAACGUCAAUAUACUUUUAAAGUCUCAUCACUGUUGCAAAAUGGGAAACUUUGCAGUCAAUUUGUGCACAGUAAGAUUCUGCAAAUAGCAAUGAGACAAAUUACCAAAUAAUCUCUUUUUUUUAGUGAUUUUGGAAAGGGAAUGGGAAGGGAAGUAUUGGCUAGGAAUUCCCCUGCUCUUUAUUUAAUAAUCCCAUAGCAUCUUCUAUGCUGACUUAAAAGGAUGCAAUGUAAAACCCUCUCAGUUCUUUAUCAAAGGGUUAAGUUAGAUCAUGUCACAAAAAACAGAACCCUAGAAGAACUCAGUGGGUCAAGCAGCAUCAGUGGAGGCAGAAGGUGUAAAUUGAUGUUUCUGGUCAAGACCCUGCCUCAGGUCUGAGAUGGAAGAGGAAUGACUGCUGGUAUA